AUGGCUUCUGAGGACGUCGUCAAUCCAUCGCACAUGCUCCCACUGGAGCUGAUCGACAAGUGCAUUGGAUCGCGCAUCCACAUCGUCAUGAAGUCAGAGAAGGAGCUCGUCGGAACACUGCUUGGAUUUGACGACUUUGUCAACAUGGUGCUCGAGGAUGUUACCGAGUUUGAAAUCACGGCGGAUGGACGCAAGACCACGCACCUGGACCAGAUUCUUCUCAACGGCAACAACAUUUGCUUGUUGGUUCCUGGAGGAGAAGGCCCAACUGCAUAA